GCUGCUUGGCUUUGCUGCAGCCCUCGGGUGUGUAGCUGGCUCCUGCUCUCAUCCGACAGGCUCUGAACCCGGGGCUCCCGCCUGCGCCUGGAUCAAAAUGCCCAACUGGGGAGGUGGUAACAAAUGUGGGGCCUGUGGAAGAACUGUGUACCAUGCUGAAGAGGUGCAAUGUGAUGGAAGAAGCUUCCACAGAUGCUGUUUUCUGUGCAUGGUUUGCAGGAAAAAUUUAGACAGCACAACUGUGGCGAUUCAUGACGAUGAGGUCUACUGCAAAUCCUGCUAUGGAAAGAAGUAUGGACCCAAAGGGUACGGCUAUGGCCAAGGAGCAGGCACACUUAACAUGGACAGAGGAGAGAGGCUGGGCAUCAAACCUGAGAAUGUGCAACCUCACAGGCCCACGACAAAUCCAAAUACUUCCAAAUUUGCUCAGAAAUUCGGAGGAGCUGAGAAGUGUUCCAGAUGUGGGGAUUCAGUGUAUGCCGCAGAGAAAGUAAUAGGAGCAGGAAAGCCUUGGCACAAAAAUUGUUUCCGGUGUGCUAAGUGUGGAAAGAGCCUUGAGUCAACAACUCUGACCGAGAAAGAAGGGGAAAUCUAUUGCAAAGGUUGCUAUGCAAAGAACUUUGGACCAAAGGGUUUUGGUUACGGCCAAGGAGCAGGAGCCCUUGUCCAUGCACAGUAAAGGCGAAGACAUCUAAGACCAUGAGAACCACAGCGCCACGCACUGAGACUUUGUAUCAAGGCACAGAGAAUCUCUUAAUAGUAAACUACUGUGAAAACUAUACCAACAAUACCAGCAUAUGUGUACUGUUUGUUACUAUGUAUUUGGAGACACUAACUUGUAGGAAGAAAGCAUCGCAUUGAAUCUGCUUUAGUGUGUAUUUACUCUGAUCUAACGACAUAUAGUGUUUAAUUAGCUUUUUUUAAAGACCCUUUGCUCUUUAAAUAAAGUUUCUUAUCGCUUC